UCAGUCAUCGUAUGUUGCGUAGGCCGCCACUUUUCUCCUCUUGGCCUUCACCACCGGGGCGGCAAUCGUGGGCUGCGGUGGGCCGGCAGCAGGCGCAGACACUGCCACGGCCGCCGUUGCUGCUGGCUGUGGACCGCCAGGAAUCGGAGUGGCCGCCUCAGCUGGUGGUGCUGGUGGUGGCGGGGGCAGUUGGCCGAGUGCUUGUUUGGCUGCUUCGACUUCCUUCUCGCUGAAAAGCUUCACAGGCACCGACACUCUGACAGAGACACAGGUUGAUUGAGUGAGAGAGAGGUGCAGCCGAAUGUGAGUGGGUGUGAGUUGUGUGUACCUGACUCUCCACGUGUGGCUGUCGAGUCUUUCCCAUUCGAUCUCAGGAAUGACGCGUCGCAGCGAAGGGAGCCUGCGCAUGACACGACCAAAGGAUAUGGCUGGUUAUGUGUGUGCGCUUGUACGGUUUUCUCUCUCACUCGUGGAUGAGUUUGAGGUGCCAGUCGUAUGGGCCGGCAGUCACCUUGAGCACUGGGUCAUCGAUUAUCUCAGCGCUGAUGUCCUGCCAGUGACAGCACGACACACAGAAGAGCCCGUGAGAGAGUGAGUGAGUGAGUGGCUCGCUUGGCUGACAUUGGCAAUCACUGACGUGGGCUCGUUGGCAAAGUAAACUGCACACACACACACAGAGGAGGUGUGUGUGUCUCUGUCUGAUUGUGUGUCAUUCAGACUGACUGACUUGUGUAGGUGUCCUGCCCACUCUCCGACUCGACAUACGCGUGGCUGUUCACUGACACACACACACACACACACACAAACAGACAGAUCACAUCGACACACUCGCCUGGUGUCUCUCUCUGUCUCUCUCUGCUCAGGAAUGAUGCGCACUUGCGGACUCAGCGGUGUCGAUGGGCGGCGGUCUCUUGUGUGCGUGGCGGUGGCGGAGCAGACCGCCGUGAGCCACGUGGGGUGCCAGGCACACACACAGCACCAGCAGCACCGACACCAUCACCUCACACCUCAU